AUGAUUCCCCCCAGGGACGAGUCGGUCAGCACCGGCUCUGCUACCACCUCCGGCUCCGCCAGCGUGGAAACCCCCCGGGCUGGGCCCGACAUGAAGUUCGUGAACCCGGAGAGCCAGGUCAACUGGGGGAUAUGGACGUUGUUCGUGGGCGCAACCGCAUUCUUGACGCUCCGCGUGUGGAGCAAAAUACAUCGGCGCCACGGGCUUUGGUGGGAUGAUCAUAUACUGGUGUCCUCAUGGGUGGUGCUCCUGGUGACCAACAUCUUCAUCACCGUCGAGCUCCGCACGGGCUACGUCUCCGAGACAUGGGACGACCGCAUGCUCAUCCUCGUCUCGAUAUCAUCAUGCCUCAUCACCGUCGGCCAGACCCUCUCAAAGACAGCAUUCGCCGUGACCCUGCUAAGGAUCACGGAGUCUUGGCAGAGGUAUGCGUUAUGGGUCAUCAUAGUGUCGCUCAACCUCUACCUCGUCAUCCUGCUCUUCCUCAACUGGGUCAACUAUUGCGGUCAGGACGCAUAUUGGUGGAAAAUGCCAGGCGUGUGCGCCCCGUAUGACACCGUCUUCCAGAUCAAGAUCGGGCAGAAUGUGUUCAACAUCAUCAUAGACUUUGUCCUGUCUCUGUUCCCAUGGCUGGUCACGUGGAAGCUGAGGAUCGAGAGGUACGAGAAGGUCGGCCUCUGCGUGGCCAUGAGCCUGGGUACAGUAAUCGCCAUCUUCACAAGCGUACGCACUUGGUACAUGCUGGACCCGAAUCUCAACACGUAUGACUCGUGGUACGUCUGGAGACAGGGCCACACAGAGAUCUGGUACCAGGCCGAAGUGGCGGGCACCAUCAUCGUGCAGACGCUGCCCGUGAUCCGCUUGAUCAUACAGGACCUGCAGAUUUCGCUCAUGUCGACCAAACUGAACGAGACGGCCGGCCAGAUCCCCACUGUGGGCACGGGCACCAACAAGACGGCGAGGAACAGCCGGGCGUGGGCGGCGGCAAACAACCCGCACUCGCUCUCGGACGUGAUGAGCGACGCAGGGAGCAGGAGGAGCAGCACUGCAGCCUCAGCCCACGGCGACGACGGCGGCGAGGCGGGCUUGAACGUUGGCACCAGGACGGUGGAGCACUUCGAGCUGCGGGACCUCGAGAAGCUGAGCACCGAGGACCACCGGGACCAGAGGGAGUCGAGGUCGACCUUCAGCAACGGCGACGAGCGCGUGGUUCACAUCGGCUCGGCCCUCUGA